GACAGGGGAAGAGAAGAAGCAAUUACCACAAGUUAACCUAAAAAAAUGUCAAUAAUUCCUCUGAAAAAUAGCCAUUAAAAAUGCUAAGAAAUCUAUCCUUUCAAGUGAAAAAUGUCCUCUCCAAGGGCCUCUCGACAUCGGUCAUCCCAAAACCAGCGAACGACAUCGAGCCGCGACAGUUACGCUUCCCCCCAAAGUACGUAAAACCGCGACAAGUAUGGCUCGAAAGUUUAGACACAAUAGACGAAAGAAAACUGGGGAUCUUGGAGCUCCAUCCCGAUAUAUUCGCCGCAAAUCCCCGUAUAGACUUAGUGCACCAAAACGUUCACUGGCAAAAAAUGUAUCGGUUUGUAAGUUAUGCACACACCAAAGCCAGAUUCGAAGUGCAAGGCGGAGGGAGAAAACCGUGGCCACAAAAGGGUCUUGGUAGGGCCCGACACGGAUCUAUACGGUCCCCAUUGUUUAGAGGAGGCGGAAUUGCACAUGGACCCAGAUCGCCAACACCUCACUUCUAUAUGCUUCCGUUUUAUAAGCGUAUAUUGGGCUUAACAUCAACAUUGAGCAUUAAGUUUGCUCAGGAUGAUUUACAUAUUGUAGACAGUUUGGAAAUACCUUCAGAAGAAAGCUCUUAUUUGGAGGAAUUGGUUAAGAGUAGAUUAUGGGGGCCGUCAGUACUGUUUGUCGAUAGUGUUGAUAUUAUGCCACUCAAUAUAACAGCAGCCACAGACCCAAUAAAACAUUUUAAUUUGAUGCCCCUGUAUGGACUAAAUGUUUACUCUAUGCUGAAACAUGAUACUUUGGUCCUCACGAGGUCAGCUUUGGAUUUGUUGGAAGAAAAAUUGUUAAAUAACUUGCAUAGGUCUUACUUAAAAGGAGUGGCCUCUAAGUUUAAGAUUGAUCAAGUGUAAUUCUUUUAAAUAAAUUGUUUUUUUUUUUAUUA